AUGGCCAACACACGGUCUUCUUCGUCGACUGCAACGACGACAGCGACGACAAGAGCUGCAUCCUCCCGCCUCAAAUCGCUCACAUUCACGGGCUGCUGGACUUGCCGCACGAGAAAGGUCAAGUGCGACGAGCGCGAGACCAAUGGAUGCGGCGUGUGCGAGGGUGCCGGGCUGGCGUGUGCGGGCUACGAGGUGCGGCUGUGCUGGGUGACGACUGGUCGAGAUGCGUCCCAACGGGAAAAGUCGUAUCAAAGGCCCUCGCAGAGGCUGCGCCAGCAGAAAUCACAAAAUCAUGCCCCUUCACUACCAGGACCCCGCCGCCGGGGUCUUUUGCAUCGCCAUACGGGCCCUGUUCUGUCCGACGACGACAUAAUGAAGGCAUUGACUACGUUGGAUACCAUGGACGGCGCAACGAGAACUGAGACGAUUGGGCCGUUUGCCAUCUUUCAAGCAGACGGAUUCAAAGGUUCACUGGAAGGGAAGGAGGAGGAGAGACUCCAAGACACCGAUAAUCUACCCAAGACGGCAUCGGCUACGGAAGAUAUCACCACGAUGCUCGAUGCAGCAUUACCAGCGAUUGACUUGGACGCCGACCCUGGCAAGACACACAUCGACCCAUCAGAGUGCGUUAAUCCUUCGUCUCCUAUCGACAAUGUCGUCGACACUUCGCCCCAUCUUGGUCUCUCCAUGCCGCUCCUCCGUGAUUCGCAGACCGCGCACCUCCUCUACCACUUCACCAACCACGUGGCGGAACUGCUGCAGCCCGUCCACCACCCUGGGAACCCGUGGCGGACUACGUACUUUUCCUUUGCCCUCGAGGGAUGUCCCGAACUGUGGCUAGCUCAGACGACGGCCUCUCCAACGUCAUUUGCUUCUCAGUCUUUGUUUCACAGCCUGCUGUCGGCUGCCGCGUUCCACUUGCGGAAUGCCACAGACGGCUCGGUUGGCUACCACCGGCUGGCGCUGCAACAUCGCAUCAAGGCACUACAGGCGCUGAACGCAGCCACGCUGCAUCCGACGAACCAGCAGCUGUACCUGAUCCACCUGACGGCCAUGCUGUCGUUGGUGACGGUAGAUACCAUGGCCGGCGAGGACUCUGAUUUCCCUGUCCACCUCAAAGCAUGCUACCAACUCAAAAAGCCGGCCGGUUUUCUCGACCAAGAACUCGUCGAUGGCGGCGGCAGUGCCAACAGCCAGAUCUACAGCAUCUGCCGGUUCUUGACGCUCUUGGCCCGCACGACGUCGCCAGUGAUUGUUGCCCGGCCGUGGGCGACGGACGAGGAGAAAGAGGGAGGCAAGAACAGCUCUGGCGAGCCAGCCACGGCCACGUUCAAUGUCCCCAACUUCCGUGACAGCGAACGCGCCGUCGAGUACAUGUACGGCAUCACCCCGGCGCUGGGCAACAUGCUCGCCAAGACAUGCCAAAUGGCCGAGCAUCUGGCCUACUACCAGCAAAUGGCCCAGGCGUGUCCCGGUGUCAGGAUCCUCCGCACCCUGCAGCAAGCCUGCGCUGCGCUCGGUGACGAACUCGCCGCGUGGACCGUCGAUGACGAACCGUUUCGCCUCAUUGAGGACGACGAAAACGAGGCCGGCCAGCACACCAUGCGCGAGAUUGCCCGCUGCCAGGCACGCGCCUUCCACGGCGCCGUCCUGCUGUACUACUACCGCACCCUCCAGACCUACGGCUUGCACGACCGCCGCGCCGCGCCCGUGUCCGUCGACGUCCACAGCCAGGUGCAGAUCAUCUGGGCCCAGCUCACGACGGCCGAAGACCUGAAGGACGCCUACUAUGCGCGCUUCCACGGCGGCCUCAAGCGGACGGCGCCCAUGUCGUGGCCCGCCUUUAUUGCCGCCUGCGAGGCUGCCCCCGCCGACCGGCCCCUGUGGGUCGUCUGGUGGGAGCGUGUCAAUGGCUACCGGAUUGGCAACUUUGCGCGGCAGUGGCAGAUCAUCCAGGACGUGUGGCAGCUGCAGGAACUGGCGGGGCUGCAGGGCCACGGUCGCAUUGGUUGGCGGGAGGCCCUGGCUCGGACGGGGAAGCUUGUGUUGCCCAUAUGA